CUUGAAGAUAUAAAUAACCAACGUGACAUGAAGGUGGAUAAUAAAGCUGUCACACACCAGGCUGUGGACACAGACUACAAACUAAACAAGAUGAAAAUGGACAGAGGUCACCUUUUCCCAUGUUCGUACGCACCUGAUGAUGAUACCAAGAGGUCCACUUUCACCCUGACAAACGCCGUUCCCCAGGCAAGUUCCUUCAACAAGGGCAGCUGGAAGACAAUGGAGUGCAGAGUCAGAAAAGCUCUUAUGAAGGACUGUAUUAAUAACAACGGUAUAAAGGCCUAUGUGGUGACUGGAGCAGUUCCCAGCAACAACAACAACAACAACAACAACAAACUGAACGACAGAGUGAACAUCCCGUCUCACCUGUGGACAACCUACUGCUGUAAAAACAACCUGGGACAGUUGGUGGCCGGAGCACACUGGGCUGAGAAUGUAGCAGAGGAAAAGAACGAGAUGAAAACAGUAACACCAAUAACCUUGAAUCAACUCGAACUGAAGUUGAAGAGCGUCUACGAAUUGUCUGAAGUCAAGUUGUUCCCAAAGGGAUGUUCAACAAAUGUAGAACAGGCAGGGGGAAAGAGGACGGGAGAGCCGAUUGGGGAGUUGACAAAUAAAAAGCAAAAGAGUGGAGAGGGGAGCAUAAAGAUGAAGAGAGCAGGGGAGUUAAAGGAAUGUGAUGAGGAGGAUGAGUGUGAUUGUGACUGUGAUGAAAAGUGAUGAGUUUUGUCAAGUGGUAAUUCACCCAACUAUUGAGUACACAUUCCCUAAGUUACAAGGGUUAUAAGGGUUUAAUGGUUAUAAGGGUUAAGUUAUAAUGGUUAUAAGGGUUAAAUAAUUAGGGUUAUUAUCCAGCAUUAUAAGGGUUAUAAUUGUUAUAAGGGUUAAGUAAUAAGUGUUAUAAGCCAUGGUUAUAAUUAAACAAGUUUAAGGGUUGUGAAGGUUAAAGACAAGCUCUGUUAUUUUGGCGACUAAGAAAGUAUAUUUCAAACCUCCCACUUUGUGCUUGAUGUAUCAAUGUGUUGUUCAAACAAAUAGAAUCUAUGAGCAGAAUUACUGUUUCCCUACAUUUCACCCCCCCUAGCAAAUUGAGUCUUAGCCAAUGAGCAUCAGCCCCUCACAUGUGAGUGAAAACUAGUGUGGUGGCAGAAUUAGUGUUGAACUGUUGUAACUUCUCAAGGGACAUGUUCUGUGUUGGACUGUGAUGCCUUUCAUAGAGUCCUGGUGUGUCUGUACCUUAAACACAAGGCCAUUGUGUUCUGGAACUGUUGCUGUUAUAAAUAACUGUAACAAUCUGAUGGUAUUAUCACCUCCCACUAUAUAAGGGACAUGGAGCCAUUUACUCAGGGGGUUCUUCCCUGUGAAAUCACAAUCAUCUCCUCUGCAGCUGCUUGA